GUUGACAUUCAGAAAUGGCGGCGAAUGUCUCGUCAUAAUAAAACUUUGUUUUCGGAGUUUUUUCUGAUUUAAACGAAGACAAUGCACAUAAAACAGGUAAUAAUCCAAGGAUUCAAGAGUUACCGAGAGCAAAUUGUUGUAGAGCCCUUUGAUAAACGACAUAAUGUAGUCGUGGGACGUAAUGGUUCAGGGAAAAGUAACUUUUUCCACGCCAUUCAAUUUGUACUCAGCGAUGAAUUCUCCCAUCUCAGACCUGAGCAGCGGCUGGCCCUACUGCACGAGGGAACGGGCCCUAGAGUCAUUUCGGCUUUUGUCGAAAUUAUAUUUGACAACUCAGACAAUAGGAUACCUAUUGAAAAAGAUGAGAUAUUUUUACGACGUGUCAUUGGUUCAAAGAAGGAUCAGUUCUUCCUCAACAAAAAAGUUGUUCCACGUUCAGAAGUACUGAACUUGCUUGAAAGCGCUGGGCUUUCUAAUUCCAACCCAUAUUACAUUGUGAAACAGGGAAAAAUUAAUCAAAUGGCCAUAGCUCCUGAUUCUCACAGACUGAAACUUCUAAGAGAAGUAGCUGGUACAAGGGUUUAUGACGAAAGGAGGGAGGAGUCUGUAGCUAUACUUAAAGAGACUGUUGGAAAGGUAGAAAAAAUAAAUGAAUUCCUCCAAACCAUUGAAGAACGUUUGAAGACUCUAGAAGAGGAGAAAGAAGAAUUAAAAGAGUACCAGAAAUGGGACAGAGCUAGACGCGUUCUAGAAUUUAUUAUCCAUGACACUGAACACAAGGAGAACAAAAGGAAACUGGAAGAGUUGGAGAAACUGAGAUCGAACAGUGGAAAAGAACAACAACAUUAUGCAGAUUUGGUCCGAGAAGCUCAAGAACACGUGAGGGAAGCUAAUAGGAAGCUGAAGGAAGCGCGCAAGGACGUGGCGGCUGCAAGAGAGGAAAAGGACAUCCUCUCCACCGAACAACAACAGCUGCUGAAGGAAAAAACGAAAUUAGAACUCGCCAUAAAGGACUUGACCGACGACGUUGACGGCGACAACAAAUCGAAGGAACGCGCUGAAGCCGAAUUGGAACGCUUAAGACAGCAAAUAUCAGAGAAAGAACGCGAGUUAGAAGAACUGAAGCCGAAAUAUGAGGAGAUGAAGGCUCGUGAAGAGGAAUGUACUAGAGCGCUCUCUCUCAACCAGCAGAAGAGACAGGAGUUGUACGCCAAGCAGGGGAGAGGCACGCAGUUCACCUCCAAGCAGGACCGGGACAGAUGGAUCGAGAAGGAGCUCAAAUCACUGAACAAGCAAUUGAAAGACAAGAAAGAUCACGAGAGUAAGUUACGCGAGGAUCUAAGGCGGGACGCCAACAAGCUGACAGAACUGGAGAAGAGAAUCGAAGAGACCACGAAAGAGAUGGAGAGGCAGCGCGUGGCCAUCGACGAGCACAACAAGCAGUAUUACGAAUGUAAGAAGAGGAAGGACCAAGAGCAGAGCGCCAGGAACGAACUGUGGCGCAAAGAGACUUCAUUGACACAAAAUUUGUCGUCACUAAAAGACGACUUGGCAAAGGCCGAUCAGGCGUUACGAUCCAUGGCGGGAAAGCCAAUUCUGAAUGGUCGAGACAGUGUCCGCAAGGUGCUGGAGACUUUCCAGGAGCGCGGAGGCGACUGGGCCAAAAUAGCCACCCAGUACUACGGGCCCGUCAUCGAGAACUUCACCUGCGAUAAGACUAUCUACACGGCCGUCGAGGUAACAGCGGGUAACAGACUGUUCCACCACAUCGUAGAAUCCGACACUGUAGGAACGAAGAUCCUCAAAGAGAUGAACAGACAGAACCUACCCGGAGAAGUCACCUUCAUGCCCUUGAACCGACUGCAAGUACGAGAUAUGGUUUAUCCCAAUGACAAUAACGCAAUAGCGAUGGUGCAAAAACUCAAAUAUGAUCCGAAAUACGCGAAAGCAAUGAAGUACAUAUUCGGGAAGACGCUCAUCUGCAGGAAUCUCGAAUGCGCCACGGAACUGGGGAAGCAGUUCCAUCUGGAUUGUGUCACUUUAGAAGGAGAUCAGGUAUCGUCGAAGGGCUCUCUGACGGGUGGUUACUUUAACCAGUCGCGCUCUCGUCUGGAAAUGCAGAAGACCCGCUCCGAGCUGAUGGAGCAGAUCACGACCCUCGACCUAGAGCUCAGCACGCUGCGGCAGGAACUCAACAAGACUGAGGCGAGCAUCAACAGCAUCGUGUCCGAGAUGCAGAGGACUGAGACUAAACAAGGGAAAGCAAAGGAUAUUUUCGACAAAGUCAAAGCAGACAUUCGUCUGAUGAAAGAAGAGUUGGCUUCCAUAGAAAGGUUCAGAGGACCUAAGGAGAGAUCUUUGGCGCAGUGCAGGUCCAGCCUGGAAGCCAUGCAGGCUACCAAAGAAGGAUUGGAAUCUGAACUUCAUCAGGAGCUGAUGGAGCAGCUAUCGACCGCGGACCAAGGUAAAGUGGACGAACUGAACGACGCGAUCCGCCGCCUCACCCUCGAGAACAAGGAAGCGUUCAGCGCCAGAAUGAAUCUCGAAGCCACAAAGAACAAACUAGAGAAUCUGCUGACCAACAAUUUGAUUCGACGUAAAGACGAAUUAGUACAAGCUCUACAAGAGAUCUCUGUUGAAGAUCGGAAACGUCGUCUCGCUAACAGCAAAACCGAUCUGUCCGCCACCGAGAAGCGCAUCAAGCAGAUCAACAAAGAACUAGAAGAGGUCGAGAGGAAAGUGCAAGCCGCCGUCAAAAACGAGAAGGCCCUCAAAUUGGAGUUAGACAAAUGGAGGAAUAAAGAAAAAGAAGCUCAAGAUAAAAUGGAGGAGGACGCUAAGGGUCUAGAAAAGAUGGCUUCCAAAGAAGUGUUGCUGCAGGACAAAAUUCAAGAGUCGCUCGAUAAAAUAGCAGCCCUGGGCACACUGCCCAACGCACCCGAACUACACGCUAAGUACCAGAAAAUGUCUCUGAAACAGCUCUUCAAAGAGCUGGAGAAAGCCAAUCAACAUCUCAAGAAGUAUAACCAUGUCAACAAAAAGGCCUUGGACCAGUUCAUUAGUUUCUCGGAGCAGAAGGAGAAACUGUACAAGAGAAAAGAAGAACUCGAUGUUGGUGGCGAGAAAAUCCGUGAACUCAUAGAGACGUUAGAACACAGAAAAUUGGAAGCGAUACAGUUUACUUUCAAACAAGUCACGAAGAAUUUCUCAGAAGUCUUUAAAAAGUUAGUACCUCAAGGAAGGGGCAGUCUCAUCAUGAGGGUAGCCACCGACGAAGUGCAGGAUGUUAAUCCAGAGCGCGCCAAUGCGGACCAGUUCGCCGGCGUCGGUAUUAAGGUGUCGUUCACCGGCGGCGAGGGGGACAUGCGGGAGAUGAACCAGUUGUCUGGCGGACAGAAGUCCCUGGUGGCGCUCGCGCUGAUAUUCGCCAUUCAGAAGUGUGACCCCGCGCCCUUCUAUCUGUUUGACGAAAUCGAUCAGGCUCUGGACGCGCAACAUCGUAAAGCGAUAGCGAACAUGAUCCACGAGCUGUCGUCGUCGGCGCAGUUCAUCACGACGACCUUCCGCCCCGAGCUGCUGGAGCACGCGCACAAGUUCUACGGGGUCAAGUUCAGGAACAAAGUGUCUCACGUCGAAUGCGUCACGCAAGAGGAGGCGAGGGACUUCGUCGAGGACAGCGCCACGCACGCCUAGCUGUGAUUAUCGCAAAAGAACCGUCAUGUGACCCUGAAGCGGACACGGUAAUGAUUACUAAUAAUAAUUACGUAGAUGUAAACAAACAAAAAAAUAUCAUUAAAUAAAUUUUCGUUUCAUUACAUUAUAACGAAGGUAGCUGUCGAUUGAUGACUCGCGCUGUACGAGGUCCUUGACCUCGCCGGUCAGCCAGUACUUAUUUGAAUUACAUUGCGUAGUUUUUAUGUCAACGCAUCUUCAUUUACACGAAAACUUUUAUUAUUUCUGAUGUAUUACCAGUUUUUCGUUACAAAAAUUAAAAUCACAGACUGUGAAUAAUAAGUCAUAAUUCAUAUGUUUUUGGGGACCCAAACUUAUGGUUAUUUCGCGCUGUCUAAAGUUUUAACAUGUUGUUGAUUGGGUCCUUUCUAUAAUAAGUAAAUUCAAUGUUUUUCGGUUAAGUUUUCCGUUGCACCGUCAAAGAAAUGUGCUCGUGUGCUAUAAGUAGAGUAAGCUCUAUUGAACCGUAAAUUACUGCUGUAAUACUAUGAUUACAUUGAAUUUUAAUUUAAAACGAAAUUAAAUAUUCUUAAGUCUGACUUGUAUGAAUUAGUAGAAAAGUAUUUUUUAUAUAAUUUUUUUUUCUGCAAUCUUUACUCAUCUUCAAUUAAAACGUUUAUAAUUCAUUUUCUAUGAUUUUCUAAUCGCUAAUAUUAUUACUAAAUCGACGAUAUUGAUUCGUUCUGACUUUAGACUCGUAAAGAUAGUUUUAUGGUAGGAUAAUAUAUUUUGAGACUACAAUACACUAAACUUCAAGAAUUAUUGAUAAAUAUAAUGUCUUUAUCAGCAAUCAAUUUAUUUUCUAAGUAUCGUUUCGAAAUUAUAAAAGUUUAUUUUUUAUUGCCCAUUUGAUGGUUGAGUGGUUACCGUCUCAUUUGGACUUACCCGAACCCAGGGGCACGACCAAAUCGCAGUCUAUCGUUGAGUACUCUUCGUGAGACUUGUAAGUAAGAAGAUAGUAAGAAAAAUAAGUAAGAAGACUUGUUGUAAGAAGAUGUGGUAGCGCGCCGGUAGCACCCUGGAGCGUACUUCAUUCCAACACCGGAUGGUGAGUGACAAAGACGGUAUUUGCAUUAGAAGUUUUGGGCAAACUAUCUUUUCUUAGUUUUCUAAAUUUUGGUCGACAUAAUAUGUAAGAUAUUGUUAACGAUUUAAAAAUUCAAUUUUUUUAUACAUUAUCUACGUACGUAAAUAGAAAUUUAAUGAUUGAACUCUGUUACAAAAUGUGUAAAUGUAUCCUCACUUAAUUUUUCAUACUUUUAAGUGUUGUUUGUUCGCAGUUAUAAAAAUUGUAAUAAAUUUAUUGACUUUUAAAUUUAGG